AUGGGCAUAUCUAAGGAGGUUGUGCAAAGGGAAAGAGAGCAAAAUAUAUUAAAGGAGGAGGACAUGGCAAAGCCCAAGAAGUCAAAACCCGUUUCCACUCCUCUGAAGCAACCAAAGCCUAGAGAGCCUCAGUAUGUAUCUACCUUUGGUGUGCAGAAGCUCGUUCCUCCACCCAAGCCUCAAACAACAUCAACCGGUGGAGUAGAGAAGAGAAAGAAAGAGAAAUCAACAAGAAAAUAUGUAACUAUAGAGGAAGAAAUGGAAUCCGAUGAGGAGGUCAGAGAGGAUCCUCUGAUGAUCAAAGUCAUUUCAGAAAAGGCAGUUGAGGAGAGAGUUGAUGCAGAUAAGGAUAAGGAUGAUGGUGAGAAAGAUGAAAAGGAUGAAAGUGCAGAGGUUGCACAAAAGGAGAAAGGAGAGAAGAAGGAAGAUCAGGCUCUGGUGACAGUGGCAAGAGACACUAUACCUAAUAAAUGA